CUUCACUUCACUUUAAUCAGUUGCUGUCUAAUGUAACUUUUACUUAAUACAUGACCAGAAAUAAUUAAUAGUGCGUUCAAAAUACUAGUUAAAUAAUGAUUAAAAUGUUAAUUAAUGCUGAACUCUUUAUUAUAGCCUAUCUUGAAUUGAUUUUAAUUUUUAGUAGGCUGUAGGCUAUAGUUUGUAAUCAUAAUCUAAAUCAAAGGAAGUACCAACAAGACAUCAUGUUUAGUAAUAUGAAAAAUAAAAUUAGAGAGAAAACUGGCUCAGAUCUUCCAAAACUAUCGCUGACCCAAAAAACUGGUAUCGGGAGACAUUCAAGACAGGGUUCUGAGACUAGUUUAAGCAGCCUGGACCCUCAGCCCAAAGAAGAACCUUCACCACUUCCAUCCUCAAAUAGUGAGAUUGUUCUUGCUGAUGGAAAGAGUCUAACUCCUAAAGAACUAAACAAGCUAUCAAAACGGGAAGAUGAAUGGCGAAAUCGUCUUGAGAAGCGAGAUGCAGAGUGGACAAAAAAACUGGAGAAGAAAGAGGCCGAUAUGACAAAACUGUUGGAAGAAAAGGAAAUAGAGUGGAGAAAACAGGAACAAAAAAUGACUGAAGACUUGCUUAAACUAACAAGAGAGCUGAAGGAAGCACUUAAAAUUGCCGAAGAAAGCAAACGGAAAAUAUAUCAAUAUCAGGAAGACAAAGAUCAGUUAGAAGGAUUUCAGACUCAAGAGAUAGCCAAGUUAAAACACCUGUUACUAGCCAAAGAACAAGAAAAUUCAGAAAACGCAACAGCUUUGAAAGAAGCAAACAGCCAACUAAGCACGCUUCGAGCUGAAGUUAAAAGAUUAAGACCUUUCGAAGAACAAGUCAGCAACUUCCAAGAUGACAUAGAAUGUUUGCGACAUACGUCAGAGAAGGAGCAGUGGGCGUUGUCCAGCAAAUUAGCUCAAAGCGAGGAGCAGGUGCGGCAUCUAGAGAAAAGAGUUGAAGUGUUGAACAAACGUAGUCAGGCGGAGUGUAUUGCGCUGGGCUUCAAACUGACAGUCGACGAACGUGUACAAGCAUUACUUGGCGAACGAACAAAACUUGAACGACAAUUGGAGGAAGCUCAUAUAGAAUUAGCUGAUAUAAAAGCUACAUGGAGCAAUCAAAUUAAAUCAUUGGAAACACAGGUUGAGCGACUCAGUAGGCAAGCGGGGGAAGAGGGGGGAGAGAGAAGAAAAGCAGAAGUGAAGAUAAGAGAACUAGAAGGAAUAUUGGAAUAUGAAAUCAAAGAGAAGGAAAAAGUGAUAGCAAGAAUAGAGAGGAUAACAGCAGAACGCGACACUUUGGCCCAGGAACUAAAAACUAUUGCUCAGGACGUUGCUGUUGCCAAGAGCGACGGAAUUGACAUGGCAACCAGGGUCGUUGAUGCAGAACAGAAAUGCUCCGAGCUAACGGAGAAAUACGAGGCCCUGCAAAGAGAAAUUGAAAUAGAACGAACCACCGUAUCUGAAAAAGUAGAGGAACGUAUUGCUGAGUUAACUGUCAGGGCUAACAAACAUCUUUACGAACUGGAAGAGGCGAAACAAAAACAACAGGAGUUACUAAAUCUGUAUGAAAAAGAAAAGCGAGAAAAAGAUGAAGCUCUGCUGCGCAACGCUCAGGUUUCUCAGGAAAUCGAAAUGACCAAACAAGAGUUGAGAAACCAAGAGUUGGAAAUCAACGAAAUAUUCAGCAAGAAUUCCUCCCUAGAUAAGAAACUGAAUGAUAAAACCCAGGAAUGUGAUAGAAUGCAGACAGAAUUUUCUGCAUUUCGCACAAAAAUUGCAGAUCUUGAAAAUCGGGUUAUCGAAAAGGGUGAUGAAAAAGAACUACGGUUAAAAAUCAGUGAUUUAGAAUCACAACUCACUGACAGAAAUAAAAACAUCAGGGUUCUACAGCAGCGACUGGCAGACAUGAAGAAAACAUUGCAGAGAGAACUGAAGGGAGCGGAUCCCGGCGGGGGUGACAAGGGGAGUGGAGGGGAGGUUACGAACAAUCACACCCCUAACUCCCUACCUUGCUCUGACGAUGAUGUAAACUUCAAGUACCUUAAACAUGUUCUCAUCAAGUUCCUCACAUGUAGGGACUAUGAGGCACAACACUUGACGCGUGCGGUGGCCACAUUGUUGAGGUUUUCAGCGGAGGAAGAGCGUCUUCUGCGCGAGACGCUAGAGUGGCGCAAGUCCUGGUUCGGCUCACGGCCUCGACUCUCAAGGCUGCAUCCAGCCAGCUGAUAAUGUUCUAACUUUAGUCAUGUAAAAUUCCAGUCUCCAAGAGGCAAUAGAUAACUUGUAUAUACAACUUUAAUUGUUUUUGUAUUGCUUUAAUGUUUAUCAUAGUGUUAUUUGCUAAUUUAUCACAGCUGUAAAGAUGCCAAAUAUUAUUUGAAGCUAGGUAAAAUUAAAUUCAAUUCUUCUUUG